AUGUUAUAUUUACCUACUUUAAUCUCAGUAAUUGAAGUUCUAUUAGUCACUGUACCUGUUUUAUUAACUGUAGCUUAUGUUACAGUAGCCGAAAGGAAAACCAUGGCUAGUAUGCAAAGAAGAUUAGGUCCUAAUGCUGUUGGGUACUUGGGUCUUCUUCAAGCAUUUGCGGAUGCCUUAAAACUUCUUUUAAAAGAAUAUGUUUCACCUACACAAGCUAAUUUGGCUUUAUUUUUUCUUGGUCCUAUAAUAACUCUGAUAUUUUCAUUACUAGGUUAUCUAAUUUCAAACUCCGGGAAGGUCCUAAAGCUUAUUUUACCAAGCUUUAGCCGAAAGGUUAAAAGUGGAUGA